AUGGAUUUGAAUAUAAAUGAAAAUUCAAAUACUCCUGACCAUAUCGGUGAAACUAUAGACGAGUUCUCGAAUGAUACUAACUAUACUAUGAAUGGACUUUUGAUCAAUUUCACAAAUAUAUCGAGUGAGACCAAAGAUGGCUAUGAAGAACUUGAGAGAGCAUUUCACAAAACUCACUACCCAGACGUAUUUUUCCGAGAAGAACUAGCCCUAAGGAUAGACUUGACUGAAGCAAGGGUGCAAGUUUGGUUUCAAAAUAGACGAGCAAAAUGGCGGAAACAGGAGAAAUCUUUGAACAAAAAUCCUCAUCAGCAGAUCAAUAAUCUCAUACCAACUAGUAUGCCAUCAGGUUCUUCUGCACCUUUGGAGAGCCCCCUUCUGAAUUUCACUACCUUAGACCAUAAUAAUUCUUCGAAUAUGUACCUGAAUUUGGAAUGGCCAUUCUCUUUUCCGAAUAAUGUUUCUCUGACUGAAAACCCACAUAUCAACCAAGCAUCUUCAUCAACUGUUCAGAGUUGCAGCAUGGAUAACAAUCUUCAAGAAACUUUAUUAAUAGCAGAUAGAAUAUCACAUUCAAUGCAGACUAGCAUGAUUGAGGACAGUAUUCUUCUUGGCGAUGAUUUAGAAAAUAGAAUUAUGGAAAGUUCUGGAAAUUUGACUCUGAUGUCAUCUCCUGAUGCAGAUAUUUCAAUUGAUCCAGAUCUCCUGACACUGAAGCCUCAUAAAAAUAGAUUGGACAAUCCAGAGCAUUAACGGACAUUUCAAAAUAAUCAAAAAAAUCUGUAAUAUUGCUCUUAAAUGUAUUGUAUAUAUGUCGAUUUUAUAUAUUUGAAGACACUUAACGAAUCUUUC